AUGAUAAAUAAUAUAUUGGUAUCAACAUUGUUGUUGUACAGAAUAGUUGAAUGUGUUCUUUAUUUCAAUCUUUAUAAUACUUAUCAAAGUGAUAAUGUUAAUAAUUUUGAAUUUGAUUGUUUACGACAUUAUCGAACCGAUUAUACAGGAGAUGGACCUAAUGUUGGCUACCAACGAUUUCAAAUGAUUGAAUAUUGUAUUCGUCCAAUCGAUGCAAAUCCAUUGAUUUUGGAUUUUAUUAAUGUACGAGACAAAAAUUAUACAUUUGGCCAGCUACGUGAUUUAGGUGUUACUACAGGAGAAUUGAUCUCUUUAUCAUCAACAAUUGAUCUUGCUGAAAAAUAUCAAGAUUUUCUCGAUAAAAAAAGUGAUAAUUCAUCUUCAUCAUCGAAAAUAUUAUAUGUAGAAUGCGAAGAACCAUGGUUUGGUUCUCAAUGUCAAUAUUCAUUUGAAUUAUAUGAAACUAAUGAAUGGUUAAUGAUUCUUUCCAAAGCAUUCUCAGCAAAAGAGGAUUAUGGAUCUGAUAAAAACAUAGCUGAUCGAACGUGUUAUACAAAUAUUAAAUGUGAUCGUGGUGGUACAAUAAUGUGUCUCGAUUGGCGUGAAAUAUGUAAUGGCCGAAUUGAUUGUUUGAACGGAGGUGUAGAUGAAGAAGAAUGUUUUCAAUUGGAAAUAAACGAAUGUGAAGAAAAUGAAUAUCGAUGUCACAAUGGAUUAUGUUUAUCGACAGACAUAUCGAAUAAUGAACAAUACUUAACAGACUGUCUCGAUCGAUCGGGGACAAUGUUUCUUAAUUAUUAUUUCUCAGAGUGUUUUACAGAUCCAACUUUUAUCUGCGAAGAACAUGCAUGUCAACCUGGUCGAAAACAAUUUCCGUGUGGUGAUGGACAAUGUGUUGAAGAUUUUGCUCCUUGUGAUAAUGGUCGUCAUUAUUUAUUAAUUGAAUCAAUAAGUGUUCAAGGAAAUUUAUCUGAAGAAUGUUGGUUAGCAUUGAUUUGUCUUACAAAGAUUAAAAAUAGUAUUGACAAAAAAACCUGUCAAAAAUUUGUCAAUUCAUCAAGUCUGUUCAACUCUUUCCAGACUUGUGAUUCUCAUACUCAAUUUCCAACAAUUCCGGUUCUUUUUGGUCAUGUAAGUUUUUUAUAUGAUCAAAUAGACGAAGAAAUGAUCAAUAUGAAAUUAGCUCUCCCACCAACUUAUGUCUGUUUUGAUGAACAACUAUGUGAUUUUCUCCAACCAACAUUUCAUUAUAAAACUAAAACUUGUCGAAUGGGUUAUCAAAUGGGAUUUAAAUCAAAUGUUACAUAUAACACAUGGAAAUCUCUUAUUGAUACGAUAAAACCAUAUUUUGAUGGGUGUUUAACUACAUAUAAAAAAGAACGUUCUAUUAAACAAAGUUCAUUAUAUUGUUGUAAAAAUUCUUCGAAAUGUAUUUCAAAACAUCGAAUUCUUGAUGGAAUAUCCGAUUGUUAUUUAAAUGAUGAUGAAGAACAAUUUGAAUUAAGUUGUACAAUGAAUAAUACUCAUCGAUUUAAGUGUCCGAAUGAGAACAUAUGUUAUUCUUUAUUUUUUCCAAAAAUCUGUCCUUCUAUUGUUUCACCAAUGAAAUUAUCGGAUUUAUCAUUUCAUGAAAUAUGUGAUCGAAUUGUUCAUUUAUUACCUGAAACAAUUAAUGGAAAAAAUCAUACCGAUGAAACAGAAUGUGAUUAUUGGCCAUGCAGUAAUGUUUAUACACGUUGUAAUCUAUUUUGGAAUUGUGAAAACGGUAAAGAUGAAGAAAAUUGUUCAAAAUCUCUUUGUAAUUUUCCAUCUCAUCCAUGUAUAUCUCCAUAUAAUGGAACAUUUUUAUGUUUAUCAGUAACGAGAAUUGAAGAUGGAAUAAUCGAUUGUCUUGGUGGAUCGGAUGAACUUCGUCAAUGUUUACAAAUGCAAUCAAUAUCUAACGAUGCCAAUCAUUAUCAUUGUUUGAAUGAAGAUAAAUGUUUACAAUCUGAUAAAUUAUGUAACAAUUAUAAAGAUUGUUCGUCUGGUGAUGAUGAAGCAUUCUGUAAAAAUAUUCAACAAAGCUGUAAUAGUUUCAUACGUAAUAAUCGAAGCAAUGUAGAAAUUACUCUUUGUCAACUUAAAAGUUUAGUCAACAGAUAUUUCUCAUUAGAAAAUUGUCCAAUCUAUCCUUCACAUAGAUUUAAAAUGAUCAACUAUAUCGAUAAUCAACCAUCAAAACAUUCGAUUAUGAUAAACAACAAACUUGAUACAGUUAAUGAUGAUAAUAAUGGAUGGUCCUGGCGUUGUAAUCGUGGUCUUUAUGCUCGUGCUUGGCUUGGAGGAGAUAAUUACAGUUUUAAAUGUUUUUGUCCUCCAAGUUAUUAUGGUGAUUUAUGUGAAUAUCAAAAUGAAAGAGUUAGUCUUUCGUUAAAAUUAAUGACAAAUAAUUAUUAUGGAAUUUAUAAGAUUAUUGUUACUUUAAUCGAUGAUGAUGAUGAUAGAAGAGAAAUUAAUUCAUAUUCACAAAUUUAUUAUCUCCCUCGUGAAGAACAAUGUCCAUUUAAUUUUAAUAUGUAUCUAUUAUAUCUAAAUCGAUUAAAGAAUAAGACGAAAAAAUAUAUUGUACAUAUUGAUGCAUAUAAUCUAUUUUCAUUAACUUAUCUUGCAAGUUGGUAUUUAAAAAUUCCAUUUCUAUUUUUACCUGUUAAUCGAUUAAGUGCUCAAUUAGUUGUGCCUACUGAUCAAACAUUAAAUUCAAAUAAAUGUUUAUAUCCAUGUCAAAAUGGUCAAUGUACAAAAUAUAUUAAUGUAGAAAAGUUUUUUUGUCGAUGUAAUCCUGGUUGGUCUGGUAUUUCUUGUAGUUUUCGAACUAAUUGUGCCGAUUGUUCGUUAGACUCAAUUUGUAUUGGAUCACUUAGAGGACGAUCGAUUUGUAUUUGUCCAGUAAACAAAUUUGGUUCACGUUGUCUACUAAAACAUAAAUGUCCAUUAGAUUUCUGCAAAAAUAAUGGUCAAUGUUUAGUGACGGAUGCAACAUCAAUGAUUAAUUCAUAUAAUUGUAUUUGUCCCGAAUCAUUUUAUGGGAACAGAUGUGAAAUGCAAGAUAAGUAUAAAUUAGAAAUAUCAUUGAACAACAUAGAAACGACAAAUUAUGCCAUCAUCCAUUAUAUUUCCGUAAGAAAUAAGCAAGCACCAUAUCAAAGAUGGAUAAUGAAGACAUUGAAAAUGUUUCAAAACGUUAUUAUAUUAUCUCAUAAUGGUAACUGGAAUAUUGUUAUCGUAAAAACUAAUAAUCAUUAUUAUUUAGCUGCUGUUCAAUUGAUUGAAUCAGCUAAUUUUUCAACAUCAAUUAGUUCUAAUCAAAGAUGUUCUUCAAUUAAUGAAGUAUUAAAGCCAGAAAUAAUAUUUAUGCCACAAAUUCGUCGAGUGAAAUAUUAUCAUACUAUGUGUCAAAAUUAUCCUCAUCUUUGGUGUUUUUUUGAUGAAUCUUAUAUGUGUUUAUGUACUCGAGAUCGUCAUGCUAAUUGUUUUCAAUUUCAACAUAAUGAGCUAAGUAAAAUGCAUUCGUGUCGAUUUAAUUUUCACUGUUUAAAUGGAGGAGAAUGUCUCGUCGAUGUACCUGAUUGUCCAAGAAAAACAUUAUGCAAUUGUAAAGAUUGUUAUUUUGGUAAUCGUUGUCAAUACUAUGCUAAAGGUAUUGGAUUAACACUAAAUGAUAUUUUACGAUAUGAAAUUCGACCAGAUGUAUCUUUGAUGAACCAAUCACUACCGAUUAAAAUAACUUUAGCUCUUACAAUAAUCAUGUUUGUUUUGGGUUUGAUCAAUAGUUUUCUUUCAUUAUUAGUAUUUUCUAACGGGAACUGUAGAAAAGUUGGUUGUGGUAUAUAUCUUCUUACAUCAUCAAUUACAUCAUGUCUAACAGUGAGCAUUCUUAUGUUAAAAUUUUGGUUUCUUGUUCUUACUCAAAUCAAUAUAUAUUCAAGUCGAAUUAUUCUUCGUAUAGAAUGUGUAUUUAUCGAAAAUUUUCUUAAAUUCUUUUUGUAUUAUGAUAGUUGGUUAUAUGCAUGUGUGGCUAUUGAACGAUCAGUGACUAUUUUUAAAGGUAUCAAUUUCAAUGCGACGAAAAGUAAAUAUAUUGCUAAACGUAUAAUUAUCCUUUUACCAUUAUUGAUAAUGGGAACGAUUGUUCAUGACUUUUUCUACCGUGAUCUAUUUGAUGAUAGUGAAGAAGAACGUAUUUGGUGUGUCGCUCAUUAUUCUCAUUUUUUUCAAGCUUAUAAUACAUUUAUAUUAUUUUUUCAUUUUCUUUGCCCAUUUCUAGCAAAUUUAUUUUCUGCUCUAUAUAUUAUUUGUCAAUCAAGUCGUCAACGAGCAACAGUUCGAAUACGACAGUCUUACAGCGAACAUUUUUAUGAACAAUUGAAAGAACACAAACAUCUAAUAAUUAGUCCCAUUUGUCUUAUUAUUCUUUCAUUACCUCGUUUAAUUAUUUCGUUAUUAUCUAAUUGUGUUAAAGCAUAUCGUAAUCCUUGGCUAUACAUAUUAAGCUAUUUUAUUUCAUUUAUUCCAUCGGUUUUAAUUUUCGUAGUAUUUAUUUUACCAUCGCAAAUGUAUAAAAAACAAUUUCAAGAAUCAAUAAGAAGUUUUCAACGACAAAUUCAUCAACGAAUAGCGCUCAUCUUACGGAUUCGCUGA